AUGGCGCAGGCAGGAGGGCCUAUUCAAAAUCCGCCAAAUGACAAGAGAAGAGUCAAGGUCUAUGAGUUGCGCGAAGGCGACUGGUUCGAUAGAGGUACUGGCUUCUGCAGAGCUGAUUUCAUGGUCGAUAAUGGCUCGGAAAAAUCAGAUCCCACAGUAAUGGUGCAAUCGGAGGAUCAACCAGGUCGCAUACUCCUUGAUACAAAGAUAGUUAAAGCGGAUGGAUUUCAGAAACAGCAAGGUAUAUUGGAUCAGCGCAUGGUUACCACAUUUCACACUAAUGGAUCUUCUCCAGAAACUCUCAUAGUAUGGACAGAGCCGGAUAAUGAGAUGGAUAUGGCUCUCAGCUUUCAAGAAGCCGAGGGUUGCGCGGCUGUUUGGAGAUUUAUCAAUAAUAUACAAUCCACCCUCAGUGCACCUGGAGGUAUCAGUAUAGAGGAAGAUAGUGUAUCAGACGAUCUCAUCCCUGAGCCAGUGAUUCCAACAUCACUUCCCCAUCCCUCACUUGGUAACCUGCACGAGUUGGAACAGCUAUUUAGAGGAUUGAACAGCACAACGGGUGGACGCGAGGCCCUUACGAAAAUGGUUAUAAAUGAAUAUUACGUCCGAAGGUUAAUACCUCUCGUUGAAAUGGCCGAGGACAUGGAAGAUCUACCGAGUUUACAUCGACUUUGCACCAUGAUGAAGAUAAUCAUAUUGCUGAACGACAGUUCCAUAAUCGAAGAAAUCGUAACGGAUGAGGCAGUCAUUGGUGUUGUCGGGGCUUUAGAAUACGAUCCGGAUUUCCCAAGCCAUAAGGCUAAUCAUCGACUUUGGUUAGGCAAGAAGGAUAGAUACAAAGAAGUUGUUGAAAUACCCGAUGAGAACGUGAUGAGGAAGAUCCAUAACACAAAUCGGCUACAAUAUCUCAAGGAUGUUGUACUUGCCCGGAUCUUGGACGACCCAACCUUUUCGGUUCUCAAUGGCCUCAUCUUCUUUAAUCAAGUCGAAAUUGUUCAAUAUCUGCAGAACAAUGCAACAGUCCUUAAGGAGCUUUUUGGAAUUUUCGGAUCACAAGAGACAGAUCAGGAAAGGAAGAAGAUGGCCGUCUUAUUCAUACAACAGUGCUGCGCCAUUGCGAAGAACUUACAACAACCAGCACGGCAAACGUUAUACAACAACUUCUUAGGACAUGGUCUAUUAUCUGUCAUUAACUUUGCUCUUCGACAUAAUGAUGUAGGAGUACGAGUAGGAGCCACAGAUGUGUUGGUGUCUAUGAUCGAUCAUGAUCCUCAAAUGAUUCGUCAAACAAUAUUCCGACAAAUGACGGAUGCUAUCAAGGUUCUCUUGGACCCAGGCAACCACCUUCCACCACCAGUGGAAACACCCGCCAAAGGCAACGCUGCUUUGAAGUUCUUCCGAAAUUUAGUUGGUCUACAAGAUGAAUUUUACAAUCAGCAGAUGAUGCAAGAUCAUCUCUUUGGACCAAUUUUAGAUCUUGUGAUUGAAACAAUGCCUCGAGAUAAUCUUUUAAAUUCAGCAUGUUUGGAGUUCUUCGAAUUCCUCAAGCAUCACGGUUCUGGCGAAAAGGGUUUGGUCAGUCACUUGGUGGAAAACUACCGAGAGAAACUCGAGUCAAUCACCUACGUUGACACUUUUAGAAAUUUCGUACAUAAGCAUGAUAACGGCCAAGGAUCUUCGUCGAAUAUGGAAACUUCCUACCUCGACACUGAAGAUGAAAGUCCGAGGAGACCUGAACCAGGUAGAGGCAGUAGAUGGGGCUCAGGUAUCAAAGACUUAGAUGCCGAAGAAGAAGCAUAUUUCAAUACCUCGGAUGAUGAGGAGGACAAAUCUUAUGAUCGGAGCUUGACAAACGGAGCGUCACUCGUCUCGAAGCCUUUAGUUGAUUAUCCAUCUGAUGAAGAAAAUGAACAUUCGGAAAACGAUGUUUCUGUGGAUAUAACCUCUGCUCCUCUCUGCCAGAGCCCUUCACUAAAAACGCUUGCUUCAAAAGAUUCCAGUGGGGACGAAUUAGUUAUGACUCCUACUUCUUCCGCACCUACACCACCAGAAAGGUCAUCGGAAAAGCGCAGGAGAGAAGAGGAUGAGGAAGAUGAAUUGGGCAAACUUUCCAAUCACAAACGCAGAGGUUCCACGAGUUCGAAUAGCAAUGUGGUUAGGAGGAAACAGAGCUUCAACAAGGCUCGGGAUGGUGGUAACGGACCUAAGAAAAUUGCAAUUAGUUUAUCUCCAGCUAUCAAAACUGGUGGUGGCAGCCCUGGUGGCAGUACGAGUUGA